AUGGCUAAGGGCAGGGGCGCUGCACGUGGCAGGGCUACCGCCCGUGGCAAGGUAGCUACAACUCGUGGCAGGGCGACUACACGUGGCAGGGACAACGGUAAAGGGGCUGUCGCGCCCGUUGACCCAGAGGUUACGGACCCGUACAAGGCCGGUACGGAGAUGCCACGCAAAUCUGCGCGUUAUCUGGCCAAUCUAGGCGACGUUGAGCUUGUAAACGACGAGGAAAACGAGAUGUCGUUAAUUCCUACUGAUUUUGAAGGGAAAUUGAACGUCAAAGCUGUCCAGCACGAAAAUAAGGAUAUCGAGGCUCACAAAGAGCUUCAGGAGCUUAUUUAAAGUUGUAGAUAGCUUUAAUUUGCAGUUGGCCCUUUGCAGUCAACCAUCGAGCAGUAGGGAUGCAAGUCAUAGAGGUACAUAGGUUGUGCAUAAGUGCGCAUACGAUUUGAUGGGAAAAGCAC